AUGAAAAAAGGGUCAGGUAGCAUUCACAAACAUAAUGAGAAUCCGGUAAAAAGAAAUUUAAAGGUGGAUGAAGUAAAAGUUACAACAGAUGAUGUUGGUGGAACUUAUGUACAAAACAGAUACACACUUCAGAGAGAAAAUGGGGAUGAACAAAAGGUGACUGAUGAAGAAAUAGCUGACCAGUUGCAUCCUUUAGACAUUUUGUUUAUGAAGGAUCACUAUGAAAAGGAAAAGAAAAAUAACCAAAAGGUCAGAAGGGCAUUAAAUGGCAUAUCAAAGGCUGGAAUAUUACUAUUUGAAAGAAUGGCUUUUUCAGACUUUGAUCUAUGCAUCAACUAUGAACAUGUGCACAACAAAAAGGUGUACUUCAGAUCACCAAAGACAAAAGUUCCCUCAGAAAUAUUGAAAGAUGCAAGAUCUGGAGACAUCAUUAUGCAGACAAGCAAAGAUGGAAAACAAGAAUAUGGUGUAACCUUCAGAGAUUAUGAUAAUAACAAAGCUCUGUUCAGAAGUGUUGACAUCUGUAAGUACUCAAAUCAAACUCUGAGGGUCUUUGAAGCUGUUGAGUUAUUCAAGAAACUACUUAGAGAUAAACUUUAUGAUCCUGAUCAAGUUAUGUAUGGAAGCGUUAUUAAUGGGCUCUUCAUUGAUAGCCUUUGCAAAGACGAAAUGGUUGAUCAUGCAUUACAACUAUUUGCCAAUAUGACUGAAAAGGGUGUUCUUGCAAACAUCAUCACUUACAGCUCUUUGAUUCAUGGACUGUGUAGCUUUGGUCGAGAGAUAGAAGCUGCAAAAAUGUUGAUCGAUAUGGAGGAGGAAGGAGUAUCUCCCUCAGUGGCUACAUUUAAUAUCUUAGUAAAUUCCUUUUUCAAGCAAGGAUCUGUAAAAGAUGCAGAGCUUGCUGUACAAGCAAUGGUACGAAGAGGUCUAAAUCCAGAUGUUAUCACUUAUAAUGCAUUGAUUGAUGGAUAUUGUUUACGUGGUGAAAUAGAUGACGCAGAGAAAGUUCUUAAUGGCAUGGUGAAGAGGGAUAUUGUACCUAACAUCAUCACAUACAACAGCCUGAUAAAUGGAUAUUGUAAGAAGAAGCAAAUUGAUAAGGCCAGGCAUCUCUUUCAAGAUAUCCAAGACAAGGGUUUCAUUCCUGAUGUUGUUACUUACAGUAGCAUGUUACAAGGUUUGUAUGAUUCAGGGAAUCCUGCAGCGGCUAGAGAGCUCUUUAACGAGAUGCAAGCAAAGGGCCAAACUCCAACUACAACUGAUGCAUUGGCUCUCUUUCGUUCGUUGGGAAGCAAUGAAUUGAUGAAAGAUAUAGUGUUGUAUAAUAUAUUGAUUGAUGGUAGUAACAAAUGCGGGAAGCCUAACUUGGCUUUGGAUCUGUUUGAUGAGCUUUUAUUAAAAGGAUUGAAACCAACUGUUAGGACAUAUACAGUGAUGAUAAGUGUGUAUUGCCAAGGAGGCUUAUUUGGUAAAGCGAACGAUUUGCUUAGAAAGAUGGAAGAUAAUGGUUGUUUGCCUGAUAGCGUUAUGUACAAUGUUAUUGUUCAAGAGUUGUUGAAGAAAUCUAAGUGUCAAGAGGCAGAGAACUUUCUGGAAGAAAUGAUUAACCGAGGUUUCAUGCCUGAUUCUACUACUUUUACGAUGGUGCUACACCUAAUUCCAAACGUAGGAAAGGAAUCGCGUAUGCGAACGAUCAUUCAAAAGCAAACUACCGUAGAAAGAAAAGACGGGAGAAUACUUAAUUUAACAUCUAGGCUCGUUCCCUGA